AUGGCGGUUCCAUUUUAUUCAUCUCGCAACAUGAAGUAAGUUUUUGUUGGCCUUUUUCUGUUGUUUUAUGUGGUGUGGUGUGUUUUGUUUUGUCUUAAUAGAAAAGGUGAAAUUGGCAACAAUUUCGGAAUUUUCUAGAAAAAAACAAUUUAUUGUUGUGAAAAAUAACAAAUUUGUUGUAUAAUUUACAAAAUCAUCAGUGCGUAUCCUUUUUUCUCGGAAAAUAAAAAUAUAUAUUUUCUAUUUCGUUUUAAAAUUUCAUUUUUCAUAGCACAAAGCACAAUUUUUGUGUAAUACAAUUAAAGUUGUUCAUCUUAUUGAACUAAAUUGUUUGUGUUUGUUACAAUAUGAUUUAGAGAUAAGCCUAAUCUUUUAUCAUUUUUUUUUCGAAAAAGUCUUGUCUUUCCCUUUAAGAACUUUAUGUUUUUUUGAAAAAAUAUUUUUUAGUCAGUUAGUUAGUUAGUUAGUUAGCCGAUCAGAAAACAACACGGAACAAAAUAAAAAAUAAGGAUAAAAAAAUAAAAAUAGAAACAAAAGUAAUGGGAAAAAUAACACUUGAGCUUGCCUAAUAUAUAAACAAUGAUUUUUUAUACAUAUAUAUUUUUUGGGUUUCCUCCUGACAUGAAGAAACGUAACUUUUUGGUCCAACGAAAAGCCUCCGUGCUAAUUGAAUUAUUCAGUUUGUUAUCUAUCUAAUUUCACGCUUCAUGACCUCUGAUCGAAAAAUGAAAUCAAAUCAAAUCCGAUUUCCCCUUUUCCUGAAAUACAUUCAUUUUUUGCAAAAAAAUUGUUUGCAAAUUAUUUAUUUCAUUGAGAAAAUCCGUGCCAACCCACAUUAUCCAUGUUUGUGACAUAUUUAGAUGGGAAAUUGGCAUUUUUGUGUUUGUGCCAGACUGACUUUGAUCUUAUUGAUUUUCGUCAGAUAUUUGGGUUACUGUAGUUUGAGAAAUUUCAUAUAUGGAUUUCGAAUAAUAAUUUUAUUUUUUUAAUAGUGAAAUUUUAAUGAAAAAUAUCUAAUACCAGGUUCAAUUUUCCUAUUUGAUUUAUCAAUUAUUUGUAGGAAUUCAAAUCUGAACUUUAGUUUCAUAUUUGACUUUGAAUAAUUAUAUUUCAAGAGUUCAGAAAAAAUUUUUCAAUUUAUGAUUUCUUGAAACAAUUCACAACGUUCUAUAAUUUUUAUUCAAGACAUAAUUUUUCAUUGAUUUGGGAAGUGAAACUAUGGUGACAUACUGUAACGUCGCAGAAUCUAAUCUUUUUUUGAAAGUUUGAAUUGUAUUUUUAAAACCAAAAUCCCCUUUGAGUACACUUCCUACAAUUUUGCAUGUUAAUAGCAAUUCUCAAAGUUUUUCACAGAAUUCUAGACGUGUAGAUUUUGGAUGCUAAAGGAAGCUCAGUCGGAAACCAAGAUUCUCACUUUUAGUACACUGUACUUUUUUGCCCCAAUAACAAUCACUUCGUUAAUUUUUUAUGCUUCACCGAAAUGUUUUUUUCAAAAUGACGUAAAAUUGGUAGGCGGUAAAGAAAUAUUUGUUUUUUGACUGAAUUUGACGACUGAAUUCAAUUUAUUCUUGCACGAUAAUCAAGUUAUUCUUCUAUUCUUCUAAUUCCUAUAAAUUUUGUUUCCUCCAAUAAACUUCCGUUUUUUUCAAUUGAUGUAAGUUCAAAAUUUGUAUGUUUUCUGGUUUUGCUAGGUAAUUUCCUAUGAAUGACUAAAAAAAUUUGAAUGGCGAGUGAGAAAAAAACGUUUCACUGAUAUUUUAUUCAACACCCAAUUAUUUGUAUAUGAAUAAAAAGAAAAGGAAAUCAAAAACCUAUACAUAUUUCUUAUUUCUUUUUCAAAAAACUUUAUUUUUUUCCAAAAAAUUACGGUACUUGCGAUCGGAAAUUCGAAUUAACGGAAUGAUCUAAUCCGGAAAAGAUUUUUCGUUUUUUUUCGCAAACGAAAAGAAAAAUGAAAUCAAGAAAUCCUGAACUCUGAAUCCUUACUUUUUCACAAUUUUUCCUCUUGCUUUUUGCUCGACAAAAACAAACCUAUUGUUUUUUGCACGUUCAAUUUUUAUUUUGUCAUUUAUUCUGCUUUUUAUGGAAAAAUAAAUAACUAUUGACAUGAAUUUUGCCAAAUUGAAAAAUAAAAAAAUAUAUAGGGGUAUUUUUGUAAUAAUUUUUCAAUGAAAUAUUUUUUUAAAAACUAUUUUGAAGUGGGCGCUAUAAAAAGCCAAACAAUAGGAAUUAUCAAUAUUCUCGUAUUGGACCAGGGUUUCAAGUUUUUCUGAUAUGAGAAACCACAUUUCAGACAUUUCUAGAUACCAGAAAAUAUUGUUUGAUUUUGACACCCUGAGAACCAGUUUGAAAUUUCAGCUGAGGUACAUAAUUUGCCAAAAAUCAUGUUGAGAAAAGCACAGUCUGGUUCCUCAUAAGAAUUUUAAUCUCAGAUUAAAAUUAUACAAAUUUUCGAACACAAAACAUCAUAUUCAUAUUGAAACCACGCAGAUGAGAUUAAAAUACGUAAAAUCCUGCAGUUUUUGCAAUUUUUCAACAAUAUCCCAAUUAACCAUUCUUUUUUCUUGCAAAGUGAAGAAAUUCUUUUUAAAAAGAUCUAAGAAUGUUCUUUUCACCUGUCAAAGUCUGGGAAAUAUUCUAAAUUAAGAACUAUUUUCAAAUUUUCAGAGAAAAUAUAGAAAAAUUCCUUUUAACACCUCCGCUUUCCGCAUUAAUACAUUUUAAGAUAACUAAUUUUUGACGUCGAAAUUUAUAAAAGUGCAAGAUUUGCCUCAUUUUGCAGAAAAUAGUGUUUCACUCUCAUUUUUAAUGCUCUCAGAAAAAACCCUGAUUUGAAAAAAAUAAAUUGUAAAAAUAAUUUAUGGGUGUCACUUUACUUGGCUGUUCCAAGACACAAACUUUUUUAGUAUGCAAUGAAAAUUACCUCUGCUUUUUGGUCGUUUUUUAAUGUCGCUAAAAAUAAUCUGUCACUUUUGGCAAAAAUUUGAUACUAUUGUUUUUUGGUACCAAAAAUUUUUAUUUCAUUCAGUGAAAAUAUAGUUUUUAAACCCCUAUGUUGUUUUUCAAAGUACUACUGUAACUUCAGAAUUUAGUUCUUUUCAAAGUUUUUUUUAGUUCUGGUUAUAAUUUCCCAUAGAAAAAUAAAAAUUACUGUAGGGUCUAAGACUACUGUAAUUCGAUGUUAUUUUUUUGAUUCUUUAGGUUGAUUUUGUUUUGUUAAAUUCUGAUUUUCUGUAGUCUUCUUAAUUUUCAAUAAGAGAAUAAAGUAUUACUAUAGAUUUCUGAACAAUAAAUAAAAAAAAUAAUGAUAUUAAGUGAACUUAGAAAUACUUUACUUUAGUCUGAUUUUGGAGAUCAGAAGUCCCAUUGGUCUAAAUUAAUUUUUUUUUGGAAAACAAAUAGUAUUUUUCCAAUGAUCCUAGACAGAAUGCCGUCAAUUUUUUGAUACCUUUUUUGCCUAAUACGCAUUAAAAAUUGAUCAACACAUUCCACGAAAUUCCUAUAUCUAAAAAAUGAAAAUGUCUGUCAAAAAAAAAAUAAAAUAUGAAAAAAUUGUCUCAUUAGUAGCAAAAAAUAUUCGUUGCUCUACCCUUUCACUUCUCGGUCCACUAAUUAAAUUACACAUUUCGACAAAAAAAGUUGAAACAAGUUAUUUCCGGUAUAUGCAUAUAACAUAUAUGUAUAUUCUUCUUUCAUUUAUCGCAUUCUUAUUCUCCUCCUACUCCUCCUCCGCCUUUCUCGGCUCUCUUCUUUUGUUGUGUUUUUUGCUCCGCCUAUUUUGACGGGUUUCUCCCCACAGGGCUUUUUGGAUGGGGUUUACACAAUAUUUCAAAAAAAGUUGUUUUUUUUUUCAAAUGUUUCAUUUCCUUGAUUUCAGAGUUCCAAUGAGUGGGGAAAGCAAUUUAACCGAUUUACAAUGUGAUUAUCCGGUUUUGGAACUCUCCCUGAACUCGAAAUUCAGUAAGUCCCACGGAGACAACUUUUAUAAAUUCCAAAUUUUUCAGUGUUAAUCGGUGCUUAUGGAUUUGUUGGAGCUCUUAGUUUGAUUGGAAAUCUGGCUGUUUUAUUAUUAGUCCUUCUUCGAAAAGAAAUGCAAACGGUCACCAAUAUUUUCAUAAGUAGUGUUUCGGCAGCUGACCUGGUCAUAACAAGUUUCUCACUGUGGGUAACACCAUUGAAUUAUUAUCAAAGAGUUUGGAGUUUUGGAAAAGCAAUGUGCUAUAUUUUUCAAGUUGUGCAGGUGAGCGGCAUUAAUAUUUGAAAAGCUUUUUUCCUUUUGUUUUGUUGUCAAAAACCUCAAAAAUCAUGUUUUUCUACUUUCAGGGAGCUUCAUUAAUGUGGGUUCCGUUUACUUUAGCAGCUGUGGCUUUGGAUCGAUAUUUAUUGGUUAGAUUUCCAUUUCGGAAAGCAAUGAGUAAAAGGUACAUACACCCACCCUCAAUUUUUUCAGCUGUUCCAUUUUUUUCUUGAAAAUAAAAUCAGAGUUUAAAAAAUGUUUCUACUUUUAGGUCGUGUAUUCUUGUGAUUAGUGGAAUAUGGUUUGGAUCUUUGGCAGUUUUGACACCAAUGAUGAGAAUGAUUGAAUUUGUUGAUAGCUAUGGACCAUGUCAUGUAAGUUUUAUGGAAUUUUGGAUGGAUAAUACAUUUCCGGGGAUGUCUAAUUUUCGUAAAUUAGUUCACACCUUUUGAGAUUUUAAUUGAUUGAAAAAAAUGAGAAUAUUCAAGAAUUCCUGACAUUUUUUUUUACUAAUCUUUAAAAAUACUUCUAAAACCCCAGUCAUUUAUAAUAUGUGUGGCCUCAACAACAAAAAUAAACAACAAUAUUGCAGUUCUGCAUGGAAACAUGGGACAAUGAAAACCCACAUUAUCGAUUGUUCUACGGUUUGGCAGUUCUACUUAUCCGAUCAGCUCUUCCAUUAUUGCUCAUUUCUCUUUGCCAUUGGAGAAUUGCCUCAAUUCUCAACAAACAAACUAGAAAAUUCAACUCUCUAAGAAGUGCAAGGUAAAUCAAAAACUCUCGUAAAUAAUGUAGAAAAUUCCUCAAAGUUUGAUUUUUCAGUGCCGCUACCCAAUCCACAGAUAUAAAACGGAAACAACGACUUCAACAAUUGCUUUUAGCUAUGGUUAUAAUUUUUGCGGUUUCAAGUUUACCACUGGAUUUGAUGAAUGUUCUUCAAGACUUGAUUUUGGUGUACGGGGUAAGAAAAUUAUUUUGAAAAUGAAAAGGAAAAAUUACCAAAUAAAUAUUUUAAGAUUCGACCAGUGAAUAAAAAUGCGCAAGACUUUCUAUUCUUCUUUUGUCAUUGGAUGGCUAUGGCUGGAACGCUUUUGAAUCCAUUGGUGUAUGCUUGGUGGAAUGAGAAUUUUAGAAGACAAAUUCAUGUAAGAUUUUCAACAGUUUGAAGGGUGGGCAUUUUCAAAAUCGUGUUUUUCAGACCUGUGUUGAUGAAAUGCGUGGCGAGGGUAAAUUCAAACGAGGUCUUUAUUCGAUGGUUUCUGGACGGUAUUCCUAUCGCAUUGAAGAGGAUAUUGAUCGCCGACAAAAUACAAGAAUUGAUUUGGCUCCUGAUAAUCAUGUUGAUAUCGAAAUUUCACAAACUGAUUUAUAAUUUUUAAUUUUUUUUACAUUUUUCGGGAUUUUUUGGAACAGUAUUUACAAGGGAAUAUUUUUGAAAAAAAAGUUGAAAAUAGAAUAAUUUUUAGAGACGAAUAUGGAGCUGUGAGCCGAAGUGAAAUGUUUCAUUUUUCAGUUAAAAAAUUCGAAAAGAUUUGUUUCAUUUUUCAAUUUUAAAAGCUUCAUAACUUAACUCACAGGUUCAUUAGGGUCUGAAACACUUUUCAGCCAAUUCCAAAAAUAUUCCAUUGUUAGGCAAAAUUUGGGUAUUUUAUGUACUUGUUAUGAUCUCUUUUGAAAUGAAUGAACAAUAUUAUUUUUCUAGUUACAAAAUCGAGGCAAAUACUAUAUUUUGUGAAUUAACUAUUAUUAUUAAAUCAAAAUACAAUUUUUCAUGAAUUUAAAAAGUGUUGUUUUUUGGGGAAAAUGAGAAAAAAAUCGAUAAUCAAUGACCUCAAAAAAGAUGAGUCAUUAUAUGUUUUUAAAAAGUUUUUUUCCUCACAAACAUGUUUGCUGAGGCACUUGAAACAUAGCAUUUCUAACAUUUUCGUGACUACAAAAUGAUAAUUAUAAUUUUAUUUCUAAUCAAUUUUUUACAAUUUCAAUUAAUUACAUGUUUUCGUGAUCAGAUAGUUGGUGUUCGUGGAAAACUAUCAUGUAAUAAUCGAGCACUUCAAGGAGCCACAAUUAAGCUUAUUGAUAAGACAUAUAUUGGUGAGUUUUUUAUUGAUAGUAAACAGAAAAGCACAUUGCAAUAAUAAGAGAAUUCUCAGGACCUGACGUGAUUUUGGCAAACAAUCAAACCGAUUAUCAAGGUUAUUAUGAAGUUAUUGGAACUGGCAGAGGUGUUUUUGAAAUGGAUGUUUAUUUGAAAAUUUUCCACGAUUGUGAUGAUGCCUUGAUUGUGAGUUAGAACUAAAAAAUAUUUACUGUGAUUGAGCCAUUGGGGAGAUAUGACACGUCGGAAAGAAUAGUGUAGGAGAAAAUGUAAUUCUAAAAAUGAUAGAAUUUUUGAAACAUUUUAUUUCCUAUUAAUUUUUUUUUCUCAAAUUUUGGUAAAGAAAAGUCAACUUUCAGCCUUGCCAACGAACAGUAACUCUGCGAGUUCCAUCAACAUAUAUAAAUCGAGGUAACACGGUCAACAAAUAUUUCGAAGCUGGUCAAAUGAAUAUGGCAUUCAGAUAUCCGGAUGAGCAAAGAUCUUGUAGACAUCAAAUAUUUCCAAAAAAAUGA